GUCAUUUCCGCGUCUGCGCGUUUGUUGAAACAUACUCACGUGCCCCGGCGGAGGGGCGGGGUUAGGGUUAGCUCACAUGACAGUACUAGUGGGUGGUCCACUGUGGACAGGAGGAGAGCAGAAGAUAACCACUGGUGUGGUCACCGCUCUGUAUUGUCCAAUAUCCACCCAGUUAUUGACAUUUUAUUUACUAAAGGAUCGAGACAAGCCAUCUGCUGGUGGGAUAAAUGCUGUUAAAAAACAUAUAAAUAAAUAUAUACAGAGAAUAAAAGUAAUAAUAAUUAGCAAGAACAACUGACUCCCUCUGCAGCAGAUCAAUUGAAAAAGACAAAGACAGAUUUAAGCAGAUUUUAGCAGAAAAUCAUUUAGUUUCACAAUUAUUAGUCCUUGGUUCAGGCUCUGGACCACAGAGGAGAGGAAAACCAGGUUUACUAACUCUGUACAUGUUCUGCUGCUCAACAUCUGGAAGGUGGGUGUUUACAGGGCAGGUGUAACCGAUGCCCAUGAUGUGUGCUGCCACCUGGAGGGUGAAGGUCAGACACCUCAUGGUGUUCAGCACACAGGCCAGGAACUUUAAGGAGUGAAAAACUACUAAUUACCUACACACACACACACACACACAGUGCCACAAGAAUUCAAUUCCAGGUAGGAAGAAAAAAAACAGGGACAAAAGGUGAAAUGUUUUUGCUUUAUCUCCACACACACCUGGUGUGUUGAUGGUGGGUGGGACGUCGGGACCACAUGGUCAGUUGGGUUUGUGGACCAGAGCGGAGCAGAGGUGCAGCUAUGGCCCAGGUGAAGGAGGCAGGAGACGCAGCAGCGAGGAGUCAGCAGGUUGGUGCAGAGCUUUACUCUGUCAUGGCUGCAGUCGGCUCCAGUCCAGUGACAGCAGACACAGGAGGCCCAGUGAGUGGAGGUCCAUCGUGUGAGACCCCCGUGGCUGCUGAUCUGGGGCGGAGGAGCAGGACCUUCUCCCCAGCCAGGAGACGCCACCGCACCACCUUCAGCCACAAGCAGCUGGAGCAGCUGGAGGUGGCGUUCAGACAGAACCAGUACCCUGACGUCUUCUACAGGGAGGAGCUGGCCCGCAUCACCAAACUCAACGAGGCCCGCAUCCAAGUUUGGUUCCAGAACAGGAGAGCCAAGCAGCGGAAACAGGAGCGCUUCUCUCAGAAGCCUCUCCCAGUGGGUGUCGUGCCCGCCCAUAGGGGUUUGCUGGGGGGCGUGCACAUGCAGUCACCCGGGGUGGCCCGUCAGUACUACACCCAGCACCUGCCACAUAUAUCACACCUGUCUCCCAUGUUGCCCUCCGGGACAUACCCCUGUCACCCAGGUCCUGUCAGCCAGUGCCCCUGCCCCAGUGUGGCCCCCCAGUCGACCUCACAGCGUCAACAUGAGGAGUGGUACGGCGCACUGAGGACCAACCUGUCCUCACCCAUGUUCUCGCUGUCCUCUGUGCAGCCCCUGGAGCCCACCUCCUACUGGAGCUAAAACGGAACUGCAACAGAAGAAACUUUGUCUGUGUAUCUGCUAACCAGAAGUCAGUCUAACGUUACUGACGUCACACAGAUGUUUACUGUCAUAAUGUGAAUUUAUUAAAUGUCUUCAAACUGAGCAGAAACUCUUCAUCACAUUUAUUCACAGGUAUUGUGAGGUAUUUUACAGCCGCUGCCUCCAUCUCCUGGAUUUUAUCUGAAAUCUGGACAGAAGUGUACCACUGCUGUAACGCUUGAAUGAUUACAGCCUCCAGUCACUAGGUGGCAGCAAUUCAUACAGCCGUUUGUAGGGAUAAAAAAAAUACAUUUUAUCAGGCCAGACACAGACUUUAAAUGCCAGUUGUUGUUUUUGUUUUUGUUGUUUUAAUAACUCCACAUCCCAGAAAUACCAUGGCUGCACGUGUAAUAUUUCCAGAUCAGGAAUUUCUGCAAACACUGAUGACAAAAAUAUAGAAUUUAUCUAUACAAAAAUCUCACCUAAGAAAAUAAUACAUGUUUUUUUUUUUUGUUCACACAGACCUGAAACAUUUUUAUCACAAAAAU